AUGAUUUAGUUGAGACCUUAAAUUUCACUAAAAAUUGACAAAAUCUCUAAAGAUGGUAUAUGCAUUAGAAUAUUCGGUUGGUUUCUAUUCUAUGUCAUUUUGUAGAUAAUGAUGAUAAACAAUCGAAAAAAAUAUUUAUCCUAUGAUAUUAGAUUAAGUAAGUUUGAAGGAGAUGCCAAUCAAAGUGAAAAUAAGAAAUUAAAUUAUACCAACACCACUGGGAAAUAUACAUUUCCUAUUCAAAAUAUAAGCGAAGUGGAAUUGAAUCUAAAUGUUACAAUCAAUAAAAAUGACUAUUACGAUUUAGAACAUGUUAUGGUUAAGGAAGAGGAAAUACUUAAUGAUAUGAAGUACUAAUUAAUAGUGCAUUCAGAAGAUUAAACUCUCGUGCUCAAUGAAACCCACACGACUUCAUUGAAAUGCAAAUCUAAGAGCUAAUAAAUUUAAUGCACUGGCUAUCUAGAGUCAAUUAUCAAUAAUGGCUAUAAGGAUCUCCAAUUCCAAUUACUCAUAUUCCAUCAUAAUGCAUUAGCCAUUCACUCUUAAAAUUUAACAUUGCUAUAUGAGAACAAUCAAUAUUUCACUAUGAUUUUGAUUUUUUAAGUUCUCUUCCUCUUUUUGAUUCUGUAUGGCAUAUACUAUUUCUUCAGCAAUUUGAGUGAUUAUCCUAGACAAAUUUGGCCCAAAAUACAUUAAUGGCUAUUAAUAUUACUUAUAGGAAUGAUUCUCUACAACUUUCCAAUACUACUAAUUCGAAAUCAUUAUGGCCAAUUUGUUCACUAUUACUCGAACUUAGUUGAAUUAUUCAUUUAAUCAGGAUUAUUCUACUUUUGGCUAUCCAUUUUUGAAUUAGAACAAACUUAAUCUUCUGAAGAGGAUGGACAAACAACUUCUAAUUAAUUUACUAUAUGGAAUCUAUUAAAAUUGCUUUUGGUAAUGUUGUAUACAGUUCCUCAGGCAAUAAUGGAUACAUUUAUUUUUAUAAUGCAAGAAGAAUUAAUGUAGUAUGAUCCAAGAGUUGAGAUUCCAUUUUACAGUAUUUACUUGAAAUUUGUAAUUUUAAGUUUAGUUGGAUACUCUGUAUGUUUUGUAUUUCUUUUAUAUAAAUCAUUUAAUCGACAUGAGAAAUCAAUAUUAAUAACUGAACCUCCUGUUAUUGAAAAUGAUAAAUAACAUGAUCCAUUUUAUGAAGGUUAAUAAAUAAAAGAGUAAGAUGGAUAAGGAGAGAUCAGGAAUUAUAAAUUGUUGCAUAUUUUAUCGACAAUUUGCUUUUCAGCUUUAGUUUAUUACCAAUUAGUUACAAUAUUGGAACCAAUUGUAUUAACAAGUUCUAGUACUAUAAAUGAAUGGGCAUUGAUCAAUAUAUAUUUAUGCAUGAUAGUACAAUUAUACAUGCCUUAUAAUCAGCCAUUUGAAGAUGAACAACAAAAGUCAAUGUAUGGAGAUGUGGAAAUGGAUGAUUUAAAUAUUAAGAGUACUAGGGUUAAACAUAAAAAUUUAGCCAAUAAGAAAUUUUAUACAAAGUAGAAGGAUGAGCAAACAGGUUAAGAGGAUGAUAUUCAAAUAUGA